UCUGCCUCCCAACAAGAACCUGAGAAAGAACAUCACGUACGCACUAGUAGUAGUAUAGAAUUGCCCUUUUACAGCGCCUGUCUCUCGUCUGAUUCUCAAGGACCACGGCCCAAUCCCCAACUCCUGUUUCUUGCCAUUCUCGGUAACACCCCAGAGCCACUCUCGGUAGCUACGCACGCAAGACACUAGUGUAUAGCAGUAUAAAAAUACACUCUCCUCAUCCUAGCGCGGCAACAGCCAACACAAGCAGAAGCCUCCCCCCCCAGGCCAGAUCUCCAAGCCGCCGCCGCCGCCGCCGCCGAGCCGAGACAAGAACACCGCCAAUGGACAUGGAGCUCGACGAGGCUCGCCGCGGCUUCGGCAAGAUGGGGUUCGGAUGCAAGCACUACCGGAGGCGGUGCAGGAUCCGGGCGCCCUGCUGCAACGACGUCUUCAACUGCCGCCAUUGCCACAACGAGUCCACGAAAGACGGGCACGAGCUCGACCGACAUGCCGUUGAAUCGGUUAUAUGUCUCGUCUGUGACACCGAGCAGCCGAUCGCUCAAGUGUGCAGCAACUGCGGCGUCUGCAUGGGGGAGUACUUCUGCAGGGCGUGCAAAUUCUUGGACGACGAUGUUGACAAGGAGCAAUACCAUUGCAAAGACUGCGGCAUCUGCAGAGUUGGAGGGAAGGAAAAGUUCUUCCACUGCCAGAAGUGCGGAUCGUGCUACUCGGUCACUCUCCGCGACAAGCAUCGCUGCAUUGAGGACUCGAUGAAGAACAACUGCCCAAUCUGCUACGAGUACCUGUUCGAUUCUCUGAGGGAGACGUCCGUGCUGAGAUGCGGGCACACGAUGCACUUGCAGUGCUUCCACGAGAUGCUGAAGCACGACAAGUUCACUUGCCCCAUGUGCUCCAUGUCUAUCUUUGACAUGGAAAAGUUCUUGAGUGCCUUGGACGCCGAGAUUGAGGCGAAUUUCUUGCGCACGGAUUACAUGGGAAAGGGUUGGAUCGUGUGCAACGACUGCAGGGACACGACGCGAGUGUACCCGGGCAUGGCAGGGCAGAGGAAGUGUUGCCACUGCCAGUCCUACAACACCUGCAGGGUCGCUCCCCCGGUGCUCCCGGCCUAGUAGCUCCGAUCGACACCUG